AGAAGAAUGCGCGUGAAAACAAGUCUAAUCUCUCUGUGAUUCCACACUCCGUGUCUCCUCCAACAGUUUUUUUCUUCCUUCCACCAAUCAAAUUUUUUAACGGGAUAAAUCGCUUUUGUUGGCUAAUUCGAUCUAACCGGUGUGGAGUUUCAGGAGAUGGUGUCGCCCGAAAACCCUAAUUGGAUAUCCGACCUGAUCGAUGCCGAGCUUGGAAGCUUCACCAUCCAAGGCCCUGGUUUCUCUUGGCCCCUUCACCAACAACCUCUUGGAAACGUUUCUUCCAAUUCCAGCGCGGGAGUUGAUGGUUCGGCUGCAAAUUCAGAAGCCAGCAAGGAACCUGGCUCCAAAAAGAGGGCGAGAUGUGAAUCAUCUUCUGCCACUAGCUCAAAAGCAUGUAGAGAGAAGCAGCGUCGAGACAGGCUGAAUGACAAGUUUACCGAAUUGAGUGUAAUUCUGGAGCCUGGAAAUCCUCCCAAAACAGACAAGGCUGCAAUCUUGGUCGAUGCUGUCCGCAUGGUGACACAGCUACGCGGCGAGGCUCAGAAGUUGAAGGACUCAAAUUCAAGUCUUCAGGACAAAAUCAAAGAGUUAAAGACCGAGAAAAACGAGCUGCGAGAUGAGAAACAGAGGCUGAAGACAGAGAAAGAGAAGCUGGAGCAGCAGCUGAAAGCCAUGAAUGCUCCUCAACCAAGCUUUUUCCCAGCUCCACCUAUGAUGCCAACUGCUUUUGCUUCUGCGCAAGGCCAAGCUCCCGGAAACAAGAUGGUGCCAAUCAUCAGUUACCCUGGAGUUGCCAUGUGGCAGUUCAUGCCUCCUACUUCGGUCGAUACCUCUCAGGAUCAUGUCCUUCGUCCACCAGUUGCUUAAAUUGGACAAAAAAAAAAAUCAUCAACUGGUUUGCUUCUUGCUUCCGCUGAAAAAAAAAGAAAGAAAAAGAAAAGUCCAUUUGUUUUGCUCACUUCCUCUUUCUCAGCUUUCUUAGUCUUAUCGUUACUUUUGUUUUAUCAUGUUAUGGUCGUAUGAACAACAACUGUUAUCUGCUGAACAAUGAUAUGCACAUUGUAAACUCCAAUUGCUUGGCGCAAUGUUAUCUAUUUACAUGUAAAUUUUAAGUA